AUGGGCAAGCAGUGCAGCAAGGAAGUGUCGGUGAACGCCCGUCGCGCGUCGCGAAGAGGGGGUGACCUGUGGUCUCCGUCUGUGGGGACGGAGGGGAUCUGCGUGUCCCCCAAGGUCGACGAGUCUCCUCCGGUGCCGGCAGGCGCGGACGUCCCCGACUCCUUCGAAGGGCAGGACAAGAAUGGAGAGCUGAGGGCCGUGCCGGCGACGGCCGCAGGCGCCGCCGCCUCGCCCCACUCGCCCCCGAGCCGCGUCGCCUCGCUCGGGCGCAUUCUGAAGCACCUUGCCUCGCGACCUGCUGCACACUCUGCCGGCGUCGUUCAGGCUCUCGCGGGGCAAGGCGCCGCCGCGCAGGCGCAUCACAGAGAUGGCGCCGACGCGCCCCCCCGCGCAGGCCGCGCCGCCUCUCCGCGGCUCGGCGGCGAGACGCCAGGAGCCGGCAGCACCUGCGCGCCGCCAGCGCCUGGGAGUCCGCCCUGCGCGGGGGGCGCGUCGGGCGCGUUGGGCGCCGGCGAGAAGGGCGCAGGGGGGGGUGCGGGGGGGGGUGCGGGGGGGGGGUCGCACGCGCUGCUGCCGCCCCAGGGGACGAGCAGCGAGGCCGUGGUGGUGGCGCGGACGGAGAGUUUUCAGCAGCCGCCGCACUUCCUCGAGAUGAAGCAAGUCGAGGAGCUGUCUGAGACGUUCACGUUCUACGUCGAGACUUUCGGCCUGAAGUGCCGCAACCUCUCUCUGGCAAGCAAGUCGUUUCAGGCCGGCUCGCGGCUGUUCUGCACAGUCAGGUGGGGCGACUCGGGUUUUCACGAAACGACAGAGGCCGUCUCAGGCAGCGCGAACCCAAAGUGGAAGGCCAAGUACCACUUCUCGUGGAGCACCCCCGACCUGUCGAGGCUGCACGAGCAGGCGCUCGAGCUGAGUGUCUUCGAGGUGGAGGGAGCACCGCCGACCGGGGGCGCGGCGGGCGCGGUCGGCGCGUCGCCGGGGGCUCGCCAGGUGCUGCUCGGGCGCGCGUCGGUUGACCUGCUGACUGUGGCGACAGGCCCCGUGCACCACGACUUGCUGCUGUCGAACCCCGCGAAAGGCAAGGCGGACUGCGGCCGCGUCAUCAUCGAUGUCCGCAUGGCCCAAAUCUGUCCGCUGAUUAUCAACCCAAUCGAGAUCCUCGUCAACCUGCAGGAACCCGCGCCGGGCGCGGGUCAGGCGAUCAUUGAGGAGGUCUCGGACGGCGAGGAGGAGAAAACGAAGGACGAGGGAGGCGCUGCUGAGUCCCCGGAGCGACCCUGCGGAUGCACCCACCUCGCCAGGACCGCACCCGCUGCGACCCCGGGACUGCAGACCUCCGCUCCCCUCGCCUGCCGCGACGAAGGCGACACCUGCGACAUCAUCGCGCCGCACUGCCACAUGCCCUCCGCCGCCCACGCCGCCGACGGUCAGGCGGCGGGCGACGCGCCCAACGCGCCGCAAGAGGCGAAGUCUCCAGUGAUGAACAAAGAACUCUGGCAGCAGCAGGAGUCCGAGCGGCUGCGCGCGGCGCAGGCGCCGCGCGCAGCCCCGGCGGCCGCGGAGAAGGGCGGCGAGGACGCGACGAGUCUGAGGCCGCUGAGCUUUCUGGACGACGGCGGCUUGGCGGAGGAAGACGAAGACGGGGACGAAGAGGCGGCGCGUCUGCGGCAGCCGGCGAGCUCCUCGAGCGCUUCGGGUCACGAAGAAGAGCCAGGUCCUCGCAUGGCGCACUGGCAGCUCUGCUUCCGACCCACGGGGGUCAAGAACCCCGCGGAGUACUUCAGCACGUGGACAGACAAAGUCGACCAGCCCUACUGGAACACAGUCGACCACUCACUUCUCACGGGCCGCUGCAGCUCCGCGCUCUCGCACCAGUCUAGCUUCGGCCGGCAGCCCAGCUUCCCGGCGGGCAGCGCCGCCGCGGCCUCCGCGUCCCCCGGCGCGCGUACCCCCGACUCCGCGCCGGACUCCGAGUCGCCGAGCCGCAAGCAGGCCGCGGCGCGGGGCUGCGUGCCCAGCGCCCAACCGGCCGCCGAGGCGGGCUUCUGCCCCGCGGCCUGCGGCUCGAUCGGCGGCGAGAAGAAGCGCGUGGGCGAGCCACGCCCAGCGGAUGGUGUGUCAGAGGGCGCCGCAUCGGCAUUGGCGCGCGAGGGGGGCGGCGGGGCUGCGGCGAACGGCGCCUCGCAGCCGCUGAUCUCCUGCACCUCGCGGGCACACUACUACAUGGAUCGCGUAGACCAGCUGGGGACGUAUCAGAAGCUCGCGGCGCUGGCGCGGAAGGGUCGCCUCGUCAGGGAGGUGCUUUACGACGACUUCCCCACGAUUCAGCUCGUGACGACGAUUGACCAGCUGCGGCAGAAUCACCUGCACAUCGCGCUCUACUCGCGCUGCUUCCCGCGGGACGAGCCCAAGUUCGCGGGGGAGUCCUGGUUGCCGUUCUUCAAGAUCUACGACGCCGACGUAGUUGACCAGCUCGAGAAGCACUUCUUCGACUCGUACUUUCGCGAGAAGCUGUGGCUCGACGGGCGCUGCAUCGGCGACAUCGAGGGCAUCAUCGUCUUCCAAAACAACCCGAUGGUGCGCCAAAUGUACGCCGGCGUCCACACCGAGCGCGGCUUCAUGCGCAUCUCACCGCCCAUCUUGGGCGUCGAGCACCGCAGCGUGAAGUUCGCCCAAAAGGCGCGCAGCGUGCCACGCGAAAUCCAGCGCAUCGCCGAACUUCACAAAACUCUCCUCGACCUUCUCUUCUCCAAGGCGCAGCACGGCCCCCAAGAAAUCCUCCUCAGCAUGGGUGUCGGCGGACUCCUCGCCGUCGUCGGAGGCCACCGCCAAAAACCCCAGACACCUGGCCUCGCCCAAAGCGGCACCGUGUCGCAAAUGGUGUUCCUCUCAGAUGCCAAAAAAGAGCAGGUUUCGACGGAGUUUCAAACCGUCUGCGAGCAGCUUCUGUUGCUGCUGAGUACGACUGAGGCGGAGACGCGCCGGUCGUUCAUCUACGGCUCGGUGGAGGCGCUGCUGACUGCGCAGCGCGUGUUGCUUAACCUGGCGAACCACGUCUUGGAGUACAUGGACUACGUGCUGUGGCAGCACCGCGGGCUCUACUGCUCGAUUCUGCAUCACAUUCUGCGUCGCGGCGAGCUGGACAUUGGCACGGUGCUGCCGCCGCAGAGCCUCUGCUGCUCCCUCGUCCCCGAGUCGCGUCUCGACUUGGCGGAGGCGCGGCGGCGCGGAGGGGGCUGCCGCGAUCGGCGAGAACGGCGAGGAAGUCUGCGGCAACUUUGGCCUGAUGAAGCGCGGCAUUCGGCGGCGCCUCCUCGGCGAGGGCCGUCGGGGGGGGGCGGAGGGGAGGCCGAGAAGAAGGGCGACGAAAAGAAGGAGUCGCUCCUGGGCGAAAUCCUCAACAACGGCCGCGACCUCCUCCUCGACGCGCGCCUCGGCGCCGUCGCCGCCAAACUCCACAAGACCGACGGAGAGAAGAACGGCGCGCGGACUUCGACUCGCGGCGAAGAGGCAGCGGCGAGCUGCCGGUCCGCCUCGCUGACUUCGCAGCAGCUGUCGGGCUCAGCGGGCUGGAAGCGGGGGGGAUCAGGCGCGGAGGAGUACUGCUUGCCGGGCGCCCCUGAGGUGGUGAAGUCCUCUGAAGGCGAGGAAGACGAAGAUGAUGAAGACGACGAGGAAGACGAAGAAGACAACGACCUCUUUGGGCACUUCCUCACGACCGCGGGCGCCGACUCCUCCAGCAUCGCCUCCGACGGCGCCGAGCAGCGCGACGACAGCGAGAAGGUCGACGCACCCCCUAAGGAGGGCGAGGGUGAAGGCGAGGGCGAGAGGGAGGGGGAUGGCGAGGGUGAAGGCGAGGGCGAGAGGGAGGGUGAGGAGGACCUGCACAUGCAGGCGGAGACGGCGGCGUCUCCGCUGCGGGGAGACACGCUGCUGGGCGCACCGGCUUCCUCGCGCCGGAAGGAAGACGGCGCGCGGCGUCCGCGGACGUCGACGCUGCUGCUGUCUAGCGCCGGGGCAUCACUGCGGGCUGCGCUCGCAGAGCUGGGUCUGAAGGCGCAAGGUGGCGCGGGGGGUGGCGGCGACUCGGGGAGCCCGCGGAGCGGCGAGCCGGAGGGCGGGGGGGACAUGGAUAAAGAAGACGGCGAGAAGACUGUCGUCUCCGGCCCCAGUUUGGUCGGCUCGGCUGUCGAGGCCAGCUCGGGAACGGCGACGCUCGAGCGCGGGGUGACGGCGUCGGAUCGACUGCGCGUCUUGGCGGUGCUGGCGCGGACGCUGACGGGGGAGAAGAAGGUGCAGGUCGCGCUGCACCACAAGCGGAUGAAGAUUUGUCGGCAGUACUUUCUGCUGCUGCAUCGGAUGCUGUGUUACGCACUGAACAACUUCUGCUCAGACGCGAUCUUCGAGGGCCAGAAGAAAUACAUCUCGGUCUUUCUCUCGAUUGCGUAUUUCCGCCUGCCUUCCUUCCGCGAGGAGCUGCUCGCCUGCCUGUUGACCGAGGAAGAGCGCGAGCUGGACAUCGAGGAGUGGCGCGGAACGGAGUACUCGCUGGACGCGGCGAGUCUGCGGCGCAUGGAGAAGUGGAACCGUCACUGCGAGCUGCGAAUCACGCUCGACUGGGGGGCCUUUCACGCGUACCUCAAGUCGUACUUUGGCGAGGCUGCGGUGACCAAGUGGACGGGGCGGCUGGGCGAUCAGAGCGCGCCGGUGCCGCUGACGUGGAAGUCGCAGUUUGCCCAGCGCGGCGCGCUCUUCUUCUCUUUCCUGGAGCAGUGGUGUCGACACGUCUUCCAGUCCGCGCCGAGUCCGGAGGCACUCACUUGGCAACAGCUGCCCGGCUACGCAGUGCUGCUCAAGGCGCUUCUGCUGGAGAUGAAGUUCCGCCCCGUGACCAAGUACCCCGACUCGCUGCUCAACAGCAGCGGGGCGAUGCUCGCGAACGAGAAGCUCCUCUCGGUGUUCAGCAAAGUCCUGUUCCUGAAGACCUCCGUAUACAGCUCGCCAGCGGUCUUUGCGGCGCUCAACUACGUCGACUACUGGAUGGAGGUGCUCAAGAUUCGCGGCCAGGAACUGCCCAGCAGCUUCGACUUCAACUUUCUCCGCAAGGGCCUGGACAUCGUCGUCGCGUCCGACAUCUGCGUGAACGCCGCCAAGGCCGUCUGGUUCGUAUACAAAAACCUUCCACUCUUCCAUCGCGAACACCUGCGCUCCAUCGUCGUCGACUUGAUGCUCCACAACAACUUCUUGCACCUCUUUCUCAACUGGUCCUGGCUCGUCCGCAAAUCCUUCAUGUGGUUCCUCCUCUACCGCCUCUGCGAGGGCGCCCGAAAAAUCGUCACGCGCACCAACAGCGUCACCUCAGCGAACGCGGUCGCCGCCAGCGCCCUGCUGCAGAGCAUCACGCCCCCGUCCACGGCGCCGCCCAAGAAGGAAGAGGAGAAUGGCGCCCAGACCCAGCAGGCGGGGACGGGAGGCGAGAAGGACCGCGACCGCGAGAGCAACGGCGCCUCCGCUGUCGCCGCCCUCCAGGCCGAGCUCCUCAUGACCAUUCGCCUCAGUCCGGAGGAGCGCGUCGUCUUCCAGGGCUACAUGGUGCUCGCGAGCUUCCUCAAGCGCCUCAACGCGCCCCUCGUCUUGCCCAGCUACGCCACCAAACUCAUCGCCCACAUUCUCGAGCUGCAGCGCCAGGGCCAAAACCCCACACACCCGUCCCUCCAGCCGGCCCUCGGCCGCGGGAAAUUCCGCUACAACCCGACGCCUGGGUGGAGCCCCGGGACCCCCGGCGGGCCCGCGGAACGUGCCGAGAAGGGCCCUGCGGCCGCCGGCCCGGCGAGCGAAGAGACCGCCGAAGACGGCGGGGCGGGAUCCGACGGGGACACCGGGGCCGGCGCGACCCCGACCGCGGUUGGAGGCGAGGACGUGGAGCCCAAGGACGGUUCGGAGACAGGGCGCGCGAACUCGUUGGGCGGGGGGGAGGCCACGGCCAGCGACGCCGACGAAGGCCCGGCGAGGCACGCGUCCGCAGGCGACGAAGCUUCUUCGGGUUCUGCGACGGGGGCGGCGGCCCCAGGGGGCGCCGCAGCGCGUCCGUCUGCGACGCCGUGUCUGCGAAGAGACAGCGGAGACAAGGGCGCGGCCGGCCGCAGCGCGGCGAGCCUGUUGCCGCCGGCCGCUGGCAGCGAGAUCGCCUCGACGACUGGCGGCGUGGAAGACGUUGACCUGCGCAUGUGGGCUGAGGGCCUUGUGGAGCUGCCGCCGCACCUUCAGGUCUACGCGAAAAUCGCUCUCAAAGAAUGGCACGCGGAAGUCUCGGCGUACCGCGAGUGGGUCAUGGCUGGAGCCAGCCCGCUGCCGGCGAUGCACAUCCCCGCGUCGCCCCUCGACUCUAACACCGACGUGCCUCUGGACUCCUAG